GUAUCCAAGAAUUAAUAGUGAAUUCUGUUUAGAAGUCAUAGAAGCCUUCGACAAAGAAUUAUUAUUUAUGUUUCAUAUUCUUGGUACAGAGUUCAAGAAGGAAAGGUAUGAUUUUAUGCAAUUGAAAGGAAAAUUAUUAUUAUAAAACUCAUGUUAUACUUUUUUAACAACGACUCCUCAAACAUGACAACAAACCCUGCCCUAGCGUUGGGAAUACAAAUCGAUGCCUUAACGUUAUACGAGUUUAAUUAUCAUUUCCAGUGAGUAAAAACAAACCGAAAGAAGGGAAAUUAGUUACUGAAAACGUUUUCAAUACCUUUUAAAAAAAAUUAACAUGACACAAUGUUGAAUUAACAAUAUGCAAGUUCCUUCCUUCCUUAGCUUCAAUUAAUUUUUGUUUGAGAAAGGAAUUCAUCAUGAUUGAACAAAAAAUACCAUAAUAUUUAUAAAUUUAUUAAUAUUUCAAAGUGAAAUACUGAAUGAUUGAGCUGCUUUGGGAUUUCAACUUUUUUCUUAAUAAUAAUUCUUUAUAGAUAUACGAAAAAAAAACAUAGAAUAUUGCAUCUUUUUGCCGAGAGACAAAUGUUUUAGUGCGGAAGAAUAAAGAAAAAAGAAAUUACGGAAAGAGUGCGGUGCACUUUUCAAUUGCUUUUCUUUUAUUUCCUCUUUUUAUAUAAAUAACAUUUUUUUCUUUCGUUUGAUUCUACAAAUUUCCAUUAGUUCAAUAUCUCUCUAAAGAGUAUAAGACCAAACGUAGCAUAGAACUUGAGGAUGAGGACUUCUUGUUCCCCUUUCCUUUUUUUUCCAGGAAUAUCAACUUUGCCAAAUCAAAAUUAUGAAAAAAAGAGAAAAUAUAUAUUUAAAAAAAAAAUAGAACGAUGAAUCAAUAGGAAUUGGAAAAAAGGGAAAAGAUUGCUUGAAGAUUUUGUUUGCAUUCGAAUGCCAUUUAUUGAAUUAAAAGAAAAAAUAAGUCACCAAUUGAAAAUUUGUUCAUUUUCUUUAAUGUUUUCUCAGGACUCUCAUUGUUUUUUUUUUGUUUCAUUUUAUUUUGAUUUAAUUCAAUUUUUGUUUUUUUUUUCUCCCUUUCAAAUUAGAUUCUUAACUUAAUGCACGAGAAAUCCUUGUUUAAAAACCUUUAGAACAAGCUUUGAAUUGGGGAGUAUUAAAAAAGUUCAUAUUCACUUUGAUUAAUAAUACAAGAGGGGCAGGUCUACAGCGGUCUUCUAACGUAACCACAAUUCGAACAAAAUAUUUAAAAUAUUAGCAUUCUAUUUUAAAAACAAUUCCUCCUAAAUUCAGAUACUAAUUCUAAAAAUUAUGUUUCAAAAUUAUCGUCAUUUCUCAAAAUUCAAGCUCAAUACUUUUUUGUUGCCAAACUCAUUUAACAAAGUUAGGUACAUAAGUAAAUUUAAUUGACACACGUCUGUGAAGUACCUUUACAAAUAAAACUAUAAAUAAACAUUUAAAAAUCAUAACAUCGAUUAGAACAACAAGUACACACAGUAAGCAGAGACACACACAAGCGUUUUUCAAAACUCCCAAAAGAGCACCCGCUUUCAACAUCCAACAUCAAUUUGAACCAGAAAAACCAAAAGAAAUCAAAUUAAAUUAUAUCAAUUGAAAGAAGAAGUACAAAUAAACCUCAAACUAAAUGAAUCAAGGGGGGAGUUCUCAUAAAAAUCAAAAAAACAGAAUAAAAAAAAACUCGAACCACAGAAAAGUAAACAAACCAUUCCUCCUAUCCAUCAGGAUUCAAAUACAGAGCACCAAGAAUCGCAAAGCACGUGAAAUUCGAAAACAAAUUUCGAAUUGCGCAGAAUCUCUCUUUCUCUUCGUAUUUGAACAUUUUGUGAGUAAAAUAUGUCCUUUCAUAGAAUUUAUGAUGAUGGAAUAUCCUAACGGAAACGGCACCACCGCCGCCGGAAUGGACACUCGUGAAACGAGACGAGAUGCUUCGACUCUCACAUCCCUCAACUCCCUCAACCAACAAACCUCGUCUGCUGAAUUGAAUGCCUCUUUUUUAUCGUAUAAAAACUGACAGACAAGUGAACAGGACUUCAGUUUUAAUUGAGUUAUUACAACAGCAGCACAGUUGAUUGCCGUGAUUGCCAUCAUAGAGUAGUAAAGGACUAUACAAGUGUUUUCAUUGGAAUAAUAAACAAAAAAAAUGUUCACUAAUUGGCUGACAAGUUCAUCGACUAACUCUACAGCUUCGUUGCCACAACUUCCGCCUCCUACACUGGCAUCCACGCCUCCGGAUAUAGUCCUAGAAGUUGGACCUUCGCCUGGUGUGCGAUUUGUAGCACAUAGCAUAAUAUUGAGCAUGCAUAGUGGAUAUUUACGUUCGGCAAUACGUUUAGAUGAAAGUGCAGGCAGUGGCGGCGUAGGUGGUGGUAGUGGAAGUCCUCCUGAUAUGGUUUUAUUCUUGACCAAUGUGACAGCGGAUCAAUUCGCACCACUUUUGACCUACAUGUACACUGGCUAUUUGGAUUUAAAUGUGGAUAAUAUAUUUGGAGUGCUUUUGGCUACACAUGUAUUGCAUAUGCCACGAGCGCUUGAGAUUUGCAGGGCUUUUUUGUCACGAGCUCAGUCCGAAGGAUAUCUCAGCAAUGGACAUUUUCUUGGAAGUACAACCAGUAACAGUAAAAUCAUUCGUCCAAUUGCCAGCAAAGCAUCUGCUCCGAAUUUGGGAUUUAUUGCUCCACCAAUGCAACAUGUAUCCUUGCCCAGCACGUGUACUCCAUUCAAGAGCCUCCAGCAGCCUUUUGUGACCGGCCCAGUUUUUCAACCUACCAUCGACGAACUAUCUGAAAGUGAUACACAAUCAAUUGCCGUAGCAUCACCCAGGCCCACCCCGCCAAUCCCAAGCGAAAGAGAUGACCCACUCCCUAAGCGCUCUUCACCUCCGUCCACAUCCUACAACACACCAGCAACAGCCCCUAAACGUCAGCAUAAAUCAAAACGAUCCCAUGACAAGCAUCGCGGGGGUAAAACAACUUCCAACCAGCAACCAACACCACUUGUAGCAAAGGAACCUGUACCCGUUCAAAUCGAAGUUGAAAAUAAAACCAUAAUCGAUGUGGCUAGCUGUGAUGGACCCAUCCGUUUUCGGCGUGUGCUCAACGACGCUUAUGGCCAUAAGCCUGAUGUUUUGCAAUUUGCCCCCGCCCAAGAACGCACUCAACAAAGUGUAUCGUUCUCAUUUCAUCAGCAAAUGGCCAAGACAAUUAGCCAGCGGCAAAUGCAUUCAGAAGAAUCCGAGAACAGUGAGGAUCUGAGUGCCAAAGGGGGUGGUUCUGCAAAUGGCUCCAAUUCCAAAACCGGAGAAAUCUACAACUGCGUCUAUUGCAAGCAUACUUUCAAGUCGCAAUAUUGCUAUCAGAAGCAUGCCAAGAGGCAUUUGAAUCCCCUUUCGUUGGACUGUGCCAGUAGCAAUAAAUCAUCUUCAUCGGUUUCAUCAGGACCUAUUGCAAUGACAACGACAGCAGGAGCAGCUUCAGCAGCAGUAGCAACUGCCACAGCAUCUUCAGCAACAAUGGUAUUAGAAAUUGAAAAGGAUGAAAAAGCGAUUCCAUCCGUAGUGGAAGUGUCUACAAGCGAAUUGCAACGACGUGAAGUACGUCCAUUGGAUAUGAAUGUCCAAUACUAUCCAUGCAAAACGUGUGGCAGCAAGUUUCCAAGUUAUUAUUUUGUACAUAAGCAUCGUAAAAUGUGUCAUGCAAAUGAAGAAAAUUCUCAAAGCACUGAACCAUCAUCAGGAAAAAGUAGUGAACAUUAGAAAAUUUUUUUGUGAAAAGUGUUUAAGAUAAAACAAAAGAAAGAAUUAUAAAUUUUUUCCACUUGUUUGUGUAGAAAUUGAUAUUUUUUAAUUGAAUAAAAGAAAAAUACUUAUUUAUUUAAUUUAUUCGAAACUAAAAUUUAAUGUUCAAAUUUAUUUGUUGGUUUAUUAGUUGAAAUUAAUUUUAGGUUUUAAUGACAACUUUUCUAUUACGAUUGUUUUGAGUCUUUUAUGAUCAAGAAUCUUGUUGAAAUAGUUGUUGGAAAUAUUUUACGAGCAAUGUUUUUUUUAUUAUGACGGACAAACAUAUCUGUUGACAUUUGUUUCAAAUACUUAAGGUGUUGUUGUUGUUGCUGUUGAUAAUAAUAAAGCAGAUUUAAUGCCUUAUCAAAACUAUCAAUUUUUAAGUAUUAGACUUUUAGUCUCCAAUGUGGGGGUCUGAAUUGAUGACAAAUUGUUUGUAAGCUCUAGUGAAAGCUAUUAUACAAAAAUGGUUGAAAAUGUUUGAAAUACUCAGUCGAAUUUAUUUUAAAAUUCAUCUAGUAACAAGAUUCAAUAAAUUUGUUUAAUUUUCAAAAUUAUUACGCUCUUGACUCAAGCAUAGCAAGAACAUAGCUUUUUUUAA